AUGCAGAUCAGCUAUGUGUUUAUUCGUUUUCAUGUUUAUAUAGGCUUUCUAGAUACAACAUUUGACUUGAAUAACAAUGAAACUGUUUAUCCUAUAUGGAACAAAACUGCUGGUAGUGACAGCACUCCAUCGGUUAGUAAUACGUACACUGGCAACUACUACUCGACGGAAAUAUCGUCGCAUGUAUUUGAUAAGAAUGUCGGUAUCAUGUAUACAAGUUAUGGCGUAUGUAAUACUUCUUUCAAUACGAUAUGCGGUGUUAACACUGACUUCUAUCUGACACCACAACAUGGCACAUCAUUGAUAAUAGGUCUGCAAGUUUGUACAGGUCCCACUUAUGCAACACGUGAUCCGAUUUCAAUAACAUUCGAAGGAAGCAAUCUAGUUGCUGCAAUACUGAAUAUUGACUCAAGCGGUCUUGUUGCUUCAAAGCGUGGUUCGGAUUCAUGCACUAUUGGUACUUAG